AUGGCAUGGCAUGGCAUGGCACGGGGGGCACGGAUGGGAAGGGGGCGCCAUGCAUGGACGGACCCGCGGGGCGGCCAACCCCCGGCCCAUCUGAUAAGCCGACGAGCUGGCGCCACAUACGAGUUAAAGGGCGGCUACGGUGCUGUGUGCUGGGAUGGAAGCGGGCGUGUGAGCGGGGUCCGAAGCCACUGGACGAGGGAGGGAACGAUGGGCGGGCGUUGGCACGGGCGGGCGGGAGAAAAAAAAGUUUUCCAACACGAGGCUUGCGAUCCCGGACGCCUCUGGCGGCGGUGGCACAUGAUGGUGGAUGGCUGGAUGGUGGUGGCCGAUGAGGGAAAGGAAAGGAAAGGAAAGGUGGUGGUGUUGGGCGGUAGGUGUGGAGCUGGAGCUGGACCUGGACCUGCUGGCCGGGUUGUACUGUAA